AUGCAAGGAACUGGAAUUAGAGCAUAUGAGGAGUACAUUGGAAGAGGCGAUUGUGGAAACGCGCAGUACGCCUCUCAAAAAUCGACCGCGACUUCCCCGCAUAGCCCUAAAGAAAAGGUUUCCACGGCUGGACGCGCUACUGGCCAUAGAAGCGCUAUCCCAGCAUGGAGAAGAAGAAUUGAGGAACGUAUCGCAAAGGCUAGAGCUCUCAUCGGCAGACUGAUAUGCUUCAGAUCAGGCAACAACAGGCCAAGAAUUGUGCGCACCGUCAGGAUGGCGUUUGCUGGGACAAAUGUCAGUUUGUCCCAGCCGGAUAUAACGCAAAAACUGACGGAGCGCAUAGACGAUCUGAAGCAGAGAAUCGCUGCUUGGGGAAAGCGGAUUCGGCGAUAUACCGAGAGGUCGACACGGUUCAACCAGAAUCGUCUCUUCCAGAGUGAUCAGAAGAGGCUCUAUGAAUCAUUGGAGCGACCAAUGGUAAGUGGAACGGGUCCAGCACCGAAUCAGGCCGACACUGUAGCAUUCUGGCGCGGCCUGUGGUCAGAGCCCGUAAACCACAGCGAGGGCCCUUGGACGGAAGUUGUGGCGAGUCAGUGUGCGGGUAUUACGCCCAUGGACCCCGUCAUCAUAACGCCGGAUGACGUAGCUGAGGCGGUCCGUAGGGCCCCGAACUGGAAAAGUCCGGGGCUUGACGGGCUGCAUCACUACUAG